GUUUUUUUUUAUCGAUGCCCAGUCUUCCUACCGCUGUUGCGUGAGAGGACCAUUUUAAAUAAGGAUGCUGCUUCCUUCGUUACGGACGUUGGUGUCGUGUGGCUGUCGAAAUGCUGGGAGAGGAUUUCAGCAGAGCAAUCGGACUCCUCAUUUGCGGCAAUGGCUGGCGAAGAGAAGCCAGCACUCCAUCACAGCAGAGGCAGGAGCCAACACAGCUCCAGCUACAGUUCCCAACGCGGCCACCAAUCGGAUCCUCGGCCGAUGGCUGUUGGGCUGCAGUGGACUGGUGGUCGGGGCAGUGGUGUUGGGAGGUGUCACAAGGCUGACGGAGUCAGGGCUCUCAAUGGUAGACUGGCACCUGGUGAGAGAGAUGAAGCCUCCUCAGACUCGGGCCGAGUGGGAGGCUGAGUUUGCCAAGUACCGGCAGUUCCCAGAGUUCAAAAUAAUGAACCAUGACAUGACUCUACCAGAGUUUAAGUUCAUCUUCUACAUGGAGUGGGGCCACAGGAUGUGGGGCAGGCUGGUAGGGCUGGCCUAUGUCCUCCCCACGAUCUACUUCUGGAAGAAAGGCUACUUCAACAGAUCUAUGAAGGGACGUGCACUGGGACUCUGUGGAUUUGUGUUCUUUCAGGGCCUCCUGGGCUGGUACAUGGUGAAGAGUGGUCUGGAAGAGAAACCAGAGUCCUAUGAUGUCCCCCGAGUCAGUCAGUAUCGCUUGUCUGCUCACCUAGGGUCAGCUCUGCUACUCUACUGUGCUAGUCUAUGGACCGGACUCACACUGAUGGUCGAGCCGCACAAGUUGGCUAAUACUAAGCGUCUGAACCAGCUGAGGAGGUUUGCUAAGGGCACUGUAGGAUUGGUCUUCCUCACCGCACUCUCAGGUGCGUUUGUAGCAGGGCUGGAUGCUGGGUUGGUGUAUAACUCGUUCCCUCUGAUGGGAGACAGAUGGAUCCCUGAUGACCUCCUGGCCUUUUCUCCAACACUCAAGAACUUCUUUGAGAACCCCACCACUGUUCAAUUUGACCAUCGAGUUUUGGCAAUCUCGUCUCUGACGGCCAUCACAGGUCUCUAUAUGUUCUCCAGGAGGAUGAUGCUACCUAGGAGAGCUAAGAUAGCCAUAUCCUGCCUUACAGCUAUGGCCUAUGCGCAGGUUGCCCUGGGCAUCAGUACCCUGCUUCUUUACGUGCCCACUCCCCUAGCAGCGACCCACCAGUCAGGCUCUGUCGCCCUGCUCUCAUUGGCCAUCUGGGUCCUGGCAGAGCUCAGGAAGGUGGCCAAGUAGAUGCCCACUUUGCCAUAACUCGAUCAGGCCUCCAGAGACAAACCAGUCCAAGGGGGGAAAAAAAUAAAGAAUAUUGACAAGAUGCUCCAGGAAGAAAGAGAGGAGAGAAUCAUUCUAUAAAACAAUGGAUUGGGUCUUUUGAUACUAUGUCGGGGAACUUCUGUUGCAAAGCUGCAAGCUCCUUCCACCGGUUUGAAGUUAUAUCAUAACAUUAGAAUUCAGUUAUAUAAAGGUUGUUUUGAUUGAUGCAAUGGAAAGAAUGUUCAAGCUUAUUUCACUACAUUUUCCCCCAGCAGUGCAGUGGUUGGGCCAGGAGGUGAGUCGCCUGUAGUUUAGAAAUCUCACUGAAAGGCAUUACUGUAGCUGACGAUAGAUUACAUUUCAAUGUCACUAGAUAGCGACUAUUAAUAAACUGAAAUUGAGUUGAGCAGUGUAGAAUUUUAGCAACCAGGAAAUUAGCGAUUUACACUAGAUGACACGGCCACAAAUUCAGAACAGCUUUCCAAGUUUGAAAACAGAUUUGACUCCGGCAGGAGAAAUCAAUAGGUGAAUAUCACAGCCGAUUACAACACUGGCGGGUAAGUAAUACUGUGAAACACUGAUUCCACUGUUUUGUGGCAGACAUAUUACAGACAUUUUCAUAAAUUAUAUUGCAAAAAUUCUGAAAAGAAAUCCUAUGUUGGCACA